AUGUCAACUAUAUUUCAAAGUUUGACGGAUUCAACAGCCGUUAAAAAUGCUGUUCAAGGAAAAUUAUCUUCACUUUCUACUAGUAAUUUGAUUGUUGGCAGAGUAGACUCUCUUUAUGUUUUUGAAAUCGAGAAAGUUCAAAAAGAUGAAUCUGAAGCUUUUUCACAGAAUGAUUACUCAAAUAACUUGAUUGAUGAUAGUCAAGCCUUUAUGGAGACGAAUAUGCAUUUGAUUCGUACUCACGAACACACUAGUUAUGUUUUACGUCUCGUGAGCCAAUUUCAGGUAUUUGGAACAAUAACUGCUCUUUCUAUUUUAAAAGGAAAAGGAAAUAAGGGAUGUGAUUUACUAGUUAUGUUGUCGGAUUAUGCUAAAAUAUCCAUUUUAGAGUGGGAUAUGAAAACUCAAAGCCUAGUAACAACUAGUCUUCAUUAUUAUGAAGCAGUUAAACCGACAAUGCCGUCUAUUAAUCGAACUCCUACUCAGUUAAUUGUUGAUCCAGAUUCUAAUUGCUGUUUGCUGAGGUUUCACACUGAUAUGAUGGCGAUUAUUCCUUUCCCCAAGCUUGAAGAUCUUGAAAUGGAGGAAGCCACUGUAGAUGACGCUAAAAAUAUCUGGAAUUCCAUCACUCCUUAUAAACCUUCUUUUGUUUUAGACUCCUCUCAGUUAGAGUCUACAAUCGCACGGAUACUAGAUGUUAAAUUUUUGUAUGGCUAUAGAGAGCCAACUUUGGCUAUCUUGUACAGUCCUCAGCAAACAACUACAGUAACCCUUCCUAUCCUGAAAGACAAUGUCUGCUUUUCUCUCGUUACUUUAGAUUUGGAUCAGCGUGCUAGUGCUGUGAUCACCACGAUACAAAAUCUUCCGUAUGAUAUUUUCCAAUUAGUCCCAAUACCAAUGCCGCUUGGCGGAUCAUUGUUAGUUGGCGGUAAUGAACUAAUUUAUGUUGACUCAGCCGGACGCACUGUUGGUAUAGGCGUCAAUACGUUUUAUCCUAAGUGUACAAAUUUUCCUCUUCAAGAUCGAUCAAAUUUUAAUAUAGAGCUAGAGGGCACUAUUGCAGUACCACUAGUUAAUUCAAAGAUUGGAAAUCCGUUUGUACUAUUAAUUCUGACUUCUGGCCAAUUUCUCUACCUUGAUUUCAUUUUGGAUGGAAAAACGGUAAAAGGACUCUCUCUACAAAACCUAGAUUUGGAUAUAAACGAAGACUUUUUGAGAGCCGGUGUGACUACAGCUUUACCAAUCGAAGAGAACAUGAUAUUUUUAGGAAGCCAGGUGACGGAUAGCUAUUUGGUUCAUUGGAAUCGUCACUCAAACAUAUCAAAAAAUACGGAAGAUAAUGAGAAUGAUGAGUUUUACUCUACUAAUGACGCCGAAAUGGAGGAAAUGCUCGAUAUUUAUGAAACCAAUGAUCGUAACGAUACUGCUGGUAAAAUUGCUUUUGAAAAUGGACCUUUGCGAAUGAGUAUUUUCGAUGUUUUGUUGAACAUUGGGCCUAUAACAGACUUCGCUAUUGGUAAAGCUGGGUCUCUGGCAUACUAUCCACAAGAUAAUCAUGGGCCGCUUGAACUAGUGGGAGCUAGUGGAGCCGGUGGCGCCGGUGGGCUUGUUGUUUUUCGUAGAAGUAUUUUUCCUCUUGUUGCUGGCGAAUUUGGUUUUCAGGGGUGUGAAGCUUUAUGGUCCGUGAGCCUUACUGGGAGACAAAGACGUUCUCGUCGAAGAGUACAAACGUCGUACAUGAAUUUGGAGCCAGAUGCCUAUUUGGUGUUAUCGAAAAAUGAUGAAUCUUUUAUGUUUUCUGCAGGUGAAACGUUUGACGAGGUCGAGAAUUCAGAUUUUAACAAACAGUCGAGAACAGUAGAUGUAGGCUCGUUGAUGUCGGGAAUGAGAAUGGUACAGAUAUGCCCUACAAGCAUACAUGUUUACGAUUCUACCCUAAAAAGGACUCAACUUUUCAAUUUUGGAAAAAACCAGGUUGUGGUGUCAACCAGUAUAUGUGAUCCUUGUAUAAUCGUUGUAUUUUUGGGCGGUGAUAUUUCCCUGUAUCGAAUGGACUUAAGAUCGCAGUUGCUUACGAGGACCGAUUUACAUAGCCAACUUCAAAGCGUUAAAACUGCUUCGUUAAUUGCCCCUGGAAAUUCUACAAUAUUUUCUAAACUUUUUCGGAAUCCAAAUGAAUAUGAGCAGAGUCAAGCGGUUUUUGACGAAUCUUCGGGAAUAUAUGGUUCUUUGAAUGGUGAUAGCAAAACCAAGAGCGUUUCUGAAGCAGAUGCUAACCUGGUCACUGAAAAAAAUGUAAGUAACCUUGAUCAGCAAUUACUAGAGAAACACCCAAUCUUAUUUGCUUUAACCGCAGAAGGUGUACUUAAAGUAUUGAAUCUCAUAGACUUUUCUCUUUUGAUGGAAUGCGACGCAUUUGAUCUACCACCAACUUUGUCCAACGGACUCAAGUCGGAAACCGCUUUCUUUAAUUCUGAGUCUAGUCAAGAAUUGGUUGAAUUGAUGGUAGCUGAUUUAGGUGAUGAUUUUAAAGAACCCCAUUUAUUCCUGCGUUCGAGAAUGAACGAGAUAACCGUUUAUAAAGCAUUCGUUUUUUACGAUGACACUGUACAUAAAAAUUUACUUUCAUUUGCAAAAGUGCCCCAAGAAGGCAUGACUCGAGAAUACCAAGUAGGAAACAUACAACCCCGUGAUGCUGGAUCUGCUUCAAAUGAGAAGUCAACCAAUUCAAUAGAUCAUUCAAGGAUGGUAGCCAUCGAGAGAGUGGGAAGUCGUUCAGCUGUGUUUGUUACUGGACGUAAACCAUUCUAUAUACUCAGUACUAAGCAUUCAAACGCCAAAUUUUAUCCUGUUAUUUCUGAAAUUCCCAUUCUUUCAAUUGCUCCUUUUCAUUCUGAACAUACUCCUCAUGGUUAUAUAUACGUGGAUGAAAACUCUUUCAUUCGUAUUUGCAAAUUUCAGGAUGAUUUCAAUUAUGAUUCUCGUUGGGCCUAUAAAAAAAUUCCGUUGGAAAAACAAGUUAGUGGUAUUGCAUAUCACCCAACUAAAAUGAUAUAUGCAGUUGGAAGUUGUGUGCCCUCUGAAUUUACUGUCACGGACGAGGAUGGGAAAGAGCUUUAUCCGCCAAGUGAUGAUAAAGAUUAUUUACCUUAUGCUAAUACCGGUUCUUUGGAUUUGAUUUCCCCCUUAACAUGGACAGUCAUUGAUAAUUAUGGAUUUUUGCCGUAUGAAAUCCCAUUGUCUGUGUCUGUUGUUAAUUUGGAAGUGUCAGAGACAACGAAACUUAGAAAACCCUAUAUUGCUGUUGGAACUUCUAUUACAAAGGGUGAAGAUAUUGCUGUUCGUGGUGCUACUUACCUUUUCGAGAUUAUCGACGUCGUCCCUCAACCAGGCCGACCAGAAACUCGACACAAACUAAAGCUAAUCACAAGAGAAGAGAUUAAAGGUACUGUUGCUGUGGUUUGCGAGGUAGACGGUUAUUUAUUGAGUGGGCAGGGCCAAAAGAUAAUAGUUCGAGCUUUGGAAGAUGAAGAUCAUUUGGUUGGUGUAGCUUUUAUAGAUUUGGGUAACUAUACCGUUUCCGCGAAAUGUUUGCGAAAUUUACUUCUAUUUGGGGAUAUUCGACAAAAUGUUUCAUUCGUUGGCUUCUCGGAAGAGCCUUAUCGAAUGACUCUAUUUGCUAAAGGUCAAGACGCACUAUCUGUUACAGCAGCGGACUUCAUAGUUCAAGGAGAAAACCUUUAUUUUGUAGUAGCUGAUACUGAGGGUGAUUUGAGAUUAUUAGCCUAUGAUCCCGAAAAUCCCGAAUCUCAUUCAGGUGAACGACUGGUUGCCAGAGGUGACUUCCAUAUUGGUCAUAUAAUUACAGCAAUGAAAAUCGUACCAAAGGAAAAGAAGUCAAGACAAGACGAUUAUGAGUACGAUACAGGGAACGAUUUCUCUUGCGUUAUGGUAAAUGCUGAUGGAGGUUUACAAAUGGUAAGCCCUGUAUCUGAAAGGGUGUAUCGUCGUCUCAAUAUUAUUCAAAACUACUUAGCCAAUAGAGUGGAUUCAGUUGGUGGAUUGAAUCCCCGGUCGCAUCGAUUAAUCUCCACGUCUUCGAAUUUGAGCAAUGCUGCUCAUCGAGUAUUGGACGGUACGUUAAUUGAACGGUUUACUUACAUGUCUGUUGCUCACAGACAUGAAAUGGCUCACAAGUGUGGUGUACCAAUCUCUACAAUCAUGAAUGAUUUAGUAGAGCUGGAUGAAUCACUUAACUACCUUUAA